AUGGAAGAGUACUGCAGUGACGAAGAUGCAACGAACAUUGCAACACCUUUUCACAUGUUUUUAAAAGAUGUCUGUCCUCUAACAAAAAACAAGCUAUAUGAAUCCACGUAUGGUUUGCACAGCAGUUGCGCUCAGAAAUGUUUACAAAAUCCAUUCUGUGCUGGGUACAACUUCAAUAAAAAGAAAGUGAAGCCAAACUGCCAGUUAACAAACACACUCGACCACGACUUUGGUGAUUGCAACAUAAAUGACAAGGGCUGGAUAUUUUACCAUCCUGUAGCCCCAAGAAAGGUGCCAUGCAGUAAAAUGAAGCGUUGCAAAUAUGGCGGUAAAACGAUUAUUGAUCUUCGAAAUGGACCUGGAUCUGAUCCAUACCGAUGCAAAUGCCCAAAAGCAUACAAAGGAGAUCUUUGUGAAAUCUCCACCCUAGCUCAGUCAGUGAUAUUGCUUGAAGAACCAACUUUACGAGCAACGUUAUCAGCGUGGAUCCCAACAGCCGGACAUUGGACAAUCUGUUGGCGUGCAACUACUGACGGAUGGUCGGCCUCUACUUUUCAUAGAAAUUGUGAUCACAAGAAGCCAACUGUGACUAUUAUUAAAGUUGAUCAAUAUAUCUUCGGAGGCUACGCUACAGCAUCAUGGGAAGAUUACGGACCAACUUUUGGAAAUGGUUGGGAUAUUCACAUAUCAGACAAUGCUGCUUCGAAUACCAACUCGUACACGCUUUUUAACGACUAUCAAGCCCCAACAUCUGGUAUCAGCGACACCAGCACCAUCCUGGCAGGAAGUCGUAACUUCUCUCCACGUGAAAUUGAAGUAUUCUACCUUGAGUAA